AAAUGCUAGUCAGCUGAGCUGAAAAUAUUGUUCAGCUUUUGGCUUAGCUGCGCUAUGUUUACAUACAUUAUGAAAAUCUCCGAUACGCGUAUUUAUGUACUUAGUAGAUCGUUGUAAAAUGCUUAGUCAGUGAUCACUCGAUGGACUCGAUGCUCAUCAUUUCGCUCGAAUUGAGAUUUUUCAGAAUACACCAGAGUACCAGUAAUGUUGACGCUGAUAGCGAUGACGGCCGUUUGAAUUUUUGACAAUUUUUCCCGAUAAUUUGGAGCCAAGUAUUUCGCUGUUUUAGAAAUUUGAAAAUUAGCCUACCUACGUGAGCUUUUUCGAUAUGUCAAUUAGCGAGAAUGGAAACGAAUCUAUCGAACUUUUGAACAAGGAAGCGGACGCUUUGAAACAGAAAUUGGAAGAAGAACGCCAGAAACUGAACGACGUUACACUCGCCACAGUUGCGGAGCGUUUAGAAUUUGUAAAUUUUCUAAACGUUAAAACAAGAAGGCAUUUGAAGGGCCACCAGUCCAAAGUAUUAUGCUGCGAUUGGUCCGUCGAUAAACGACGUAUUUUAUCUUCCUCUCAAGAUGGUAAGGUGAUUGUUUGGGACGCAUUCACGAGUGCCAAAGAAUUCGCCGUCUCUACGCCGUCCACAUGGGUAAUGGCUUGCGCUUACGCCCCCUCAAAUACUCUCAUCGCGUGCGGAGGAAUGGAUAAUAAAGUGACAGUGUAUCCGCUAAAUCACGAAGACGACUCUGCCAAGAAGAGAACUGUUGGCACUCAUACCAGUUUUGUAUCCUGUUGCAUUUUUCCAAACUCCGAUCAACAAAUACUGACUGGUAGUGGCGAUUCAACUUUUGCAUUGUGGGACGUUGAAACGGGACAGCUACUUCAAUCAUUUCACGGACAUACUAGCGACGUGAUGGCCGUUGAUCUUGCACCAUCCGAGACUGGAAAUACUUUUGUUUCGGGCAGUGCUGAUAAAACAGUUCUUAUAUGGGAUAUGCGAACUGGACAAUAUGUGCAAUCUUUCGAAGGUCAUCAAUCGGACAUCAAUAGCGUAAGAUUUCACCCAAGUGGAGAUGCUGUUGCUACUGGCUCAGACGAUGCUACGUGUCGAUUGUUCGAUUUGCGAGCUGACAAAGAAGUGGCUGUUUAUUCUAAAGAGAGCAUCAUAUUUGGAGCGAAUUCUGUUGAUUUUUCAGUCAGCGGUCGUUUGUUAUUCGCCGGUUACAACGAUUACACGAUAAACGUAUGGGAUACUUUGAAAUGUCUACGAGUAAGUUUGUUAUUCGGACACGAAAACAGAGUUUCCUCAGUUCGCGUAUCUCCAGAUGGCACAGCAUUCGUUUCAGGCAGUUGGGAUGCAACUUUACGAAUUUGGGCCUAGUUAAUGAGCGCGGUGCUCGAGAGAUGGCGAUUAAUAAAUUUCAAUUUGGUGGCUCGGUGUACCCACUCUGCAUACAAAUUGUGAACCAAUUGACGAACGUCAAGACUUUCCAACAUUCAUUUCGAGAGAUCUGGGAAUUUGGAUAUUUUUUUCGAAAACACCAGUCAUUGAAAUGCCAUUACCUACCAAAGUUAUUUAUAACUUUUCUUUUAUAUUAUCAUGUUUUUUUUUCGUGUUAGUAGGUAAUAAGUUUCAAGUAUCUACAAUUGUAAAUGUAUUUUGUUGUAAUGUUGUACUUAGGAUAACUUUUCCCCCGUCAAUUCAGCAGCUAAAAUUUUGGCCCGAAAUAUAUAAUUUUUGAUGCUGGAAA